AUGGCCAAAUUCUUAAUGUUGGCAGCGCUGGGCGUCCUGGCGCUUUUGGCAGUGGCGUGUGCGAUGCCACAAGCUGACUACGACUCGUCUUCGGAGGAGUCGGCCGAAACCGGAGCAUUUAUGCGGGAGCUGAUGGUACUCCGUACGAUGUGCCGAAACAACACUGGCUCUGAUGAGGCCUACGUUGCUCUGGCGGAGGCGAUUCAGACGGCGUUGCGGUGCGCGGGGACUUCGUUCGACUUCGAAAGCUUCGUGUCGGACAUCGAUAUGCUAUCUGACGAGACUCGGACCACAUUCUUCUCAAAGUACUGCCCACAGCUAAAGAGAGUUGGUUCGUGUCUAGACGAUCUGGUGAAGGCCGCCAGACCCUGCUUGAAGGAAGAUGAUUUCACGAUCGUCAAGUCGUUGACGGGUAUUUUCCCAGAUGCGGUUGAUCUGAUUUGCAAAAAUGAUGGCGAAAUGAUCUUCAAGUACGAGGAGCCAGAAUACCAGGAGUGUCUUAAAAAACUGAGUGACAACGUGACGGAGUGUACUGUAUCGUUUGCUGCCGAAAGGGAAUACUGGGACAUUUCACACCUGACGCAAACUCAAUGCGGAACCUUAUCCGGACUGAGACAGUGCAUCGAGGGUAAGCUGAACGUUUGCCAAACCCCGGACCUAAUGAGCGUGUACGAUCUGUUCCACAACACGCUAUUCCGCAUGACUCCGUGCCGUAAUCAUGUGAGCAAUGUGGAGAAGACGAAAGUGACGGAGGUUGAUAACAAUACAAUCAACGAAAUUUAGUAUUGGACC